AUGACAACUACACCACCUCAAGGUUCAGCGAGUGUUCAAGCGCCGACGCCAUGUUAUGGAAUACAAAGCAAUUUACCAAUUCCGUCGCGAUUGAAUUUGGCAGGAAAUAUUUCAGAAAACUGGAAGAAGUGGAAGCAAGUGUGGGAUUCGUUCGAAAUCGCCUCACGUCUUAACCAGCAAGAAGAUAAAUACCGUGUAGCUACUUUCAUUACCUGCAUUGGAACCGAAGCCCUCGAAGUCUACAAUGGUCUUCCGUUCGAAAAAGAAGACAAGAACGUAAUGAAUACAGUUCUGGAGUUGAUGGAGAGGCAUUGCAUUGGCCAAACAAAUGUCAUUUACGAGCGAUACUGCUUCAAUAAUAGAAAACAAGAAAGCGGCGAAUCAUUUGACACGUAUCUCACAGCGCUCAAAACUCUCGCGAAAACGUGCAUUUUUGGUCCACUCACCGACGAAUUAAUUCGUGAUAGGAUCGUCUGUGGAAUUUGUGACACGGGAACUAGGAAGAAAUUACUACAAGAGCCCAAAUUAAAUCUUCAGAAGUGUAUCGAUGUAUUUCGAUCAGCCGAAACAACUGCAUCGCAAAUGAAAGUCAUGAGUGGAAGAGAAGAAGUCAACGCACUCAACCACAAAGAGAAAAAAGACGGCAGAGACGCCAGUCCUAAGUUAGUUAAUUGCAAAUACUGCGGCAGAAAACACGAGAGAUCAAGAGAUAAAUGCCCAGCGUUCGGAAAAGAAUGUGCGAAAUGCGGCAAAACAAAUCACUUCGCCAAGCUAUGUAAACAGAAACUUGGUGGGCGACAACGAAGAAAAGAACGGAUUCACCGAGUGCGAGACGCAAAAACUUCGCAGGAUUCGAGCGAUGAAGAGUACUGCUUCACGAUUUCAUCCGAAAAUCUGGAAGAACAAAGUGUCAAAAGUGUCAGUAGUCAACCCAUCAAAUCGAAAAUCUUCGCAACAAUGGAGAUCAAAGGUCAUCCCGUUCGUUUUCAAGUCGACAUUGGCGCCACCUGUAAUGUGAUAAGCAAAAACGAUUUACCGAACGAGUGCCCGAUCGCGCAUUCGAAACAAGUCCUCAGCAUGUUUAACGGAUCGAAAAUGGAAACCAUUGAAAAGACAGAAGCAAUGGGCCUAACGAUGCAACAAAUAGCAGCAGAUUUCCAUGACGUUUUCACUGGAGAAGGAAAAUUUGAGAAGAAACUUCACUUAGAGUUGGACACAACCAUUGAACCAGUGAAACAGCCUGUUAGAAGGAUUCCAGUGGCAAUGAAACCCAAGUUAAAGCAAGAGCUCACUCGUCUCGAAGAACUUGGUGUUAUCAAAGCAGUUGACACUCCAACAGAUUGGGUCUCAAGCUUGGUACUUGUUAAGAAGCCCAACGGCAAGCUUCGCGUGUGUAUCGACCCUCAGCCACUAAAUAAAGCUUUGAAACGCAGCCACUACCCUCUUCCGGUUAUCGACGAUCUCCUGCCGGACUUGUCAAAAGCUAAAGUCUUCAGUGUGUGUGACGUUAAAAACGGGUUUUGGCAUGUCGAGUUAGAUGAAGAUUCAAGCUAUCUAACAACGUUUGGCACUCCAUUUGGUCGGUACCGGUGGCUGAAGAUGCCAUUUGGCAUAUCACCCGCACCGGAAUAUUUCCAACAUCGUUUGGAUCAAGCCAUCGAAGGCCUUCCCGGUGUGCGCACAGUUGCAGACGACAUCCUCAUCUCGGGUGAAGGUGACACUGUGCAAGAAGCAGUGAAAGAUCACGACAAAAAACUGCUAACUCUACUUGAAAGGUGCCGCGAAAAGGGAGUGAAACUGAACAAGGAGAAGUUCAAGUUGAAGAUGACAGAAAUCCCCUACGUUGGUCAUGUGUUAACAAGAGAUGGACUAAAACCAGACCCAUCCAAAAUAGACGCCAUCAAAGGCAUGAGGCGACCAACAGAUGUGAAAGGUGUACAGCGGCUUCUAACGCGCAAGGAUGCAGAAUGGCACUGGAGCGACGUCCAUGAGAGCGCCUUUAAGAAGAUCAAAGAAGCAUCUUCCCAAGCACCUGUCCUCCGAUACUUUGAUCCCGCCAAAGAGACUGUACUUCAAUGCGACGCCUCGGACACUGGACUUGGAGCUACGCUUUUACAAAAUGGUCAGCCAGUGGCAUACGCAUCGCGAUCCCUGACGGAUACAGAACGCAACUAUGCGCAAAUAGAGAAAGAACUGCUAGCCAUAGUGUUUGGAGCCGAGAAGUUCAACCAAUACACUUAUGGUCGCAAAGUGAUUGUUGAGAGCGACCAUAAACCACUUGAAGUUAUUUACCGCAAACCUCUCGUGGCCGCCCCCAAGCGUCUACAACGAAUGCUACUUCGCCUGCAGAAGUAUAACCUCGAAAUUGGUUUCAAGCCAGGCCAGCACAUGUAUCUGGCAGACACACUCUCUAGAGCACCCCUUCCCAACACCACAUCGCGCGAUGAAGUGCUAACCAUCGACAAAGAAGUUGAAGAAAUACAUAUGGUCGAGUUUCUGCCACUCCGCAAAGCUAGCCUAGACGAUAUCCGUAAAGAAAGUCUGCGAGACAGCACGAUGCAAGCACUUCAGAAAGUCAUUCGAGAAGGGUGGCCUGAGACCAAGAUUGAUCUCCCAAAUGACGUCACGCCAUACUUCAACGUUCGUGACGAGCUAUCAGCGCAAGAUGGAAUUAUCUUCAAAGGAGACAGAUGUGUAGUUCCAAAAUCCCUCAGACCAGAAGUCCUAUCCAGAAUCUACCGAUCACAUAUUGGCGUGGAAGGAUGCUUGAGACGCGCGAGAGAAAGCGUUUUCUGGCCAGGAAUGAACACAGCUGUGAAGAACUUUGUCAGACAGUGUGAAACUUGUCGAACCUUUGAGAUCUCCCAGCAGAAGGAAACACUCCACCCACAUGAGGUACCUGACCGGCCAUGGUCCAAGGUUGGUGUUGAUCUGUUUGAGACAAACAACCGACAUUACCUCGUGACCGUAGAUUACUACAGCAACUACUGGGAAGUCGAUAGGUUGGAGUCCAGUACAACAUCUAAAGCUGUUAUUUACAAAUUGAAGCAACACUUUGCAAGGCAUGGCAUCCCGAACACUGUGUUUUCCGACAAUGGCCCACAGUUUGAUUCGGACGAAUUCAGGAGAUUUGCUCGAGAUUGGGAAUUCAAUCAUUUAACCUCAAGUCCCGGACAUUCGCAGUCCAAUGGUAUGGCGGAAAGCGCAGUCAAGACUGUGAAAAGGCUUAUUAAGAAGGCUAACAAAGAUGGGACAGAUCCUUGGCUCGCGAUCCUCGACCACCGAAACACACCCUCAGAAGGCAUGAAAAGCAGUCCAGCACAACGACUAAUGAGUCGUCGAACAAGGACCCUACUCCCAACAAGCGAGAAGCUCCUUAAACCCAAACUCGCCGAAAAUGUCCAAGAAGAAAAAUGGAAGACAAAAACCAAGCAGGCAUUUUACUACAAUAGAAACGCUCGAGAUUUGCCACCACUGAAAACUGGAGACUCAGUGCGCAUUCAGCCCACAAGCAACCCCAAGGCGCCCUGGAAGAAAGCCACUGUUCAGGAACAGGUGAACAUGCGAUCCUACAAAGUCCUCACAGAAGAUGGCUCUGCCCUUAGACGAAAUAGAAGGCAUCUGAAAGCAACUACAAAAGAGUCUCACACGCCAACAACCCAGAUGCCCAAGCAGACAGAACUUCCCUCGCCAUCUAAACACAUUGAACAAGAAACUAACGCCAGUGGUCACUCCAGCUCAGAAGUAGCGAAGCCACAGGAGCCAGCGAUCGAGCAGCCUGCGACUGAUCUAACAUCGCAAGCUUCCAAAGGCAACCAGACUCGCAGUGGUCGAAUAACGAAGCCCCCCUCCUAUCUGAAAGACUUUGUUCGUUAA